UUUUUUUUUUUUUUUUUUUGUCUUCUUAGGGCUGCACCUGCAGCAUAUGGAAAUUCCCAGGGCGGAAUUGGAGCUGUAGCCGCCAGCCUAUACCACAACCACAGCAACGCCAGAUCUGAGCCAUGUCUGCAACUUACACCACCGUUCACCAUAAUGCCGGGUCCUUAACCAUCGAGCAAAGCCAGGGGUCAAACCCACAUCCUCAGGGAUCCUAGUCGGGUUCUUAACCUAAUGAGCCACAAAGGGAACUCCCCGUCCAUAUUCUCAAGGUGGAUUUGGGGGAUCUGACUAAGAAGUGGUCUGUGGGGCCAAGUACAUCAUCACCUCUGGGCACAUUGACUCCUGUUUGACCAGAGUCUAGAUUAGUGACCUGCCGCCUUCCUCCUACCCCGUCCCAAGGUCUGGGUUCCAGUCCCUCUGCCUGGCUUGCUAGCUCCCUUGCAGUAAAUGAGGACAUUUGGGAGUUGGUACCCAGGAUAUAAAAAUCCAGAGUAGGCGGUCCUUCUCAGCAGGAGAGACUGGAGAGCAGCUCUGGCAUCACAGGCACGGUUCCCCCUGCCUUUGCCCACCUUUUUCAUGGCUGUGCCAGUCUUUCUCAACAUCCAGCAGUGAAGGCAGAUAGAAAGGGUGCAGACAGACAUGGGGGCUGGGAGAUCUGCGAUCUCAUUCCUGCUUUGCCAUAUUGACUGUGAGAUGAGUGAGCUGGAGGUAGGUGCACUAGGACCCCUCUUGAUCUUAAUAUUUUAUACCUAUUUUGGGGGGUUGAGGGUCGUUCUUUUGAUAUUUACCCAUUCCAGUCACACCAGGACGCUGCACAGCAUCUGGGUGGCUACAUUUCAUGGCUCCCAGGCUGUGCGUUAGCCCAUUCACAAACAUGGGCGUAGACUGGAAAAUAUUACCGACCCUGAAAUGUGUAACGCUUCACCAGUAAACAGGAGUGCAGUCACCCAGAUGCUGAAACCACUCAGUGGCCCUUGGGAUUCUACAGAUGAAGACCUCACAGAACGGCAGUAACACACUGUUUUCUUCUGCGGUGUUCAUGAUGGUGGUGGUACAGAAAUGCAGUAACAACCAAGGGUUCUCAAAAGGCAGGUUCCCCAAAAAAGAACAGCGUGAUUUCCUCAGUGGGCUUUGUUUCUGGCAGGUAAGAUCAGAAGCCAUAGCAGCUGGAUAGCAUCUUCUCCCCUCUAAGAUUGGGAACUCUUUUCAUCCUUCUGCAUCAGUCAUUUGAAAAGAAAGACACAUGAGCAUCUUGGGACAUGUUUAGGCUACAGAUGGAGUGAUAUGAACAGUGACCACAAAUAAACUCUUUCCUAGGACGAACUUGAGUUACUGCACUUCUUGCAUGCUACCAAACCAAUCCUAGAUUGUUUUCUAAAAAUCCUUUUAAUGUCGAAAUAAUUUGGUGAGAAAUAACUUGCAUAAUUCCAACUUCGGAAGCAGAGUUAGCUUAAAUAUUUGCCAGAGGUGCAACACAAAGUCCUUUAACCCUCCUUUCUCAAUUCCAAUAUAAAGAAGGAUUUUACUACCGGAAUUCUUUUCUAGUUCCUGGACAUUGAGAUUCGUUAUUAUUUAUAGCACGCUUGUGAUCUGUAAGGAAAAGUACUUUAGGAAAGAAAGCCAUGUGAGCAGUAGGAAAGGCUUUGUGUUACUUAUUAAAAUAUAAUAGGGAGUUCCUGUUGUAGUGCAGUGGAAAUGAAUCCGACUAGGAACCAUGAGGUUGCAGGUUCAUCCCUAGCCUUGCUCAGUGGGUUAAGGAUCCAGCGUUGCCUUGGGUUGUGGUGUGGGUUGUAGACGUAGCUUGGAUCUGGCAUUGCUGUGGCUGUGGCGUAGACCAGAAACUGUAGCUCCAAUUUGACCCCUAGCCUGGGAACCUCCAUAUGCUAUGGGUGUGGCCCUAAAAAAAAUAAAUAAAUGCAAUUUACUUAACCCCAAAUUGCCAGUAUUGCUAAGCGUAAGCCAGCACAUAAUUUUAGAAAUUGAUGAAGGCAAACUUAUCCAUUCACAGUUCACCAUUAGUGAUGCUGAAAAAGAGACAUGUCAACACAUAACCUUAUAUUUGAAUUUUAUCAGUUCAAUAGAAGCGAAAGGAAGAAAGGCAAGCCCUUCUCUUCUGAAAGCAGUCUAGAAGUGUUAAGAACAGAGAGAACGUAUCUUCAUUUACAUACAUAAAAUCAGUUUUCCCCGGGAAAAAUAUUGUAGAUGUUUUCCUGAGGAAAAAUAGUCUAUACCUCUGGAUCUAAAUAUCUAGACACCAAGAGAGACCACACUGAUGACUCAAGUGCUGAUCUAUCUCAAGAUACUUAGCAAUACAGCUAAGGAAGCAAAUUAUGUAAAGAACCACCAAACAUGUUGCAGGGCCCCAACGUGAGACACAUAAUUGUUUGGAUAUUUGUCUAAAAACUACCAGUAGGAAAGUUCAGACUGAAUUCCAGGGAAUUUUAAUCCGCACGCCACAUUUUCUUAGCGUUUUGCAAGAUGGAAUCAGGAUUAUAUUUUCUAAGAACCGCUUUUUGAAAAGCUUGAGCACUAAUCGGUGAAGUGGGACAUAAGUCGGAAAUAAGAUUUGGUACUUAGUAAUUAAGGGAAGUACAACUUAACACAUGUGGGAAGAGGGUCCUUGUUAUUGUCCUGAACUUGGCAAGGCUGCGGCAUAUGACUUAUUUGGCCUAGAGUAUUGGUUUGGAUACCAGUCACCAUGUAACAGGCUUCUCCAAAACUUAGUGGCUCAAUACAGCACCAUUGUAUUGGCUCAUUUCUGUGGAUCUGGCAUUUGGGCUGGUUCUGCUGCUCAUAGCAUCACUUGGGGUCUCAUGAGGUUGUGGACAGAUCCGAGAGGGGUCACUCAUAUGUAUGGCGCUUGGUGGGUAUGUCUGGACGAGGGGACCACCCUGCUCCCUCCCUUUCUAUGAGGCUACCUUGGGCUUCCUUUCAUGGUGAUUAGAUCCUAGAGUGAGUGUUCCCAACACGCGAAGCCUCAAACCUUUUAAGGAACAAACCAAGAAUUCCCUGAGCAUCCUUUCUGUUGGGCUCUGCUGGUCAAAGCAAGUCCCAGGCUGGCCAAGAUCACGGGGCGGUGUGAUGCUCAUGCAGCCAUCUUUGGAAGUACAGCCUCGCACAAGUAUUUAGGCGUUAUAACGUUUCACCUUUAUUUUCCGAGGUGGAGCCUCUAGCCUCCACCCCCCUCCACUCUGCUGAGCGAAGGACCUGAUGAAAACAGAAAUCUGACCACAGUUUUCUACCUUGCUCCUUGUCACCUACAAAGUAAGAUGCAGACCCUUGGCCUGGCUUGCCAGGUCCUUUCUGGUCUGUCCCCUGCCUGCCUCUCCAGCCUCCCUUCUCACAAGACCCCAAGCCCUGCCUUGACCUUGACCUGCCUCUCUUGCACAGCUCCCCUGGGCUCAUGUGCUGGAGAGCAGGAUGGACCUCUUCCCAUCACAUCCUUGUUUGCUGACCCCUCGGGUAUCACCUCCUCUGUGAAGGCUCCCCACCCCCUGCUCUAUUUUAAAACAUCCUCCCUGGGAGCUGCUCUGGCUUCCUGCAUGGGGGGCCACCUUGGCAGUAAUAAUACCCCCUCCUGGACCACAGGGUGAGCUCCUGGAGGGCAAAGAUCCCAGCCUCCCCUCCAGCCCAGCCCUGCCUCGUCCCCCAUGCAGCCAGUGCUCAGUAAACAGCUGCUGUAGGUAGUGUAGUCUGCACACUGGGCAGCGCAGUGGCAGAGUGCCUGGAGGAAAGACCAGAAAACCCCAAACAGGAAGAAGGCGGGCGUGAUGAGGAGGAGGUCAGAGCCGUGAAGAGUGACGGAACCGAGGUGGUGGAUGCAGCACUGCAAAAGUGCCACGAGAGAGAACUAGAUAAACAGAGGAUGAGAACCAAGCCCAGCAGCUUGGACAGAAUAUCCAAUUAGAGUACAGUUGGCCGUCGGGAAAGAAGAAACACGGAGCUGACAUCAGACGCGGUCAUGGGUGCACAGAUGCGGGAGCGGCGCCCCAUGAGAGCAUCCCAGACCUGGAAUUAAAAGGCAGGGCACCCCAACUCCAAACAGUCCAGAACCUCCCUCCUCCUCACACCUUCUCAGCAGGGAAGCGACCAUGUCACCAUUUCUUCGAAUCGGUUUGUCCAACUUCGACUGUGGGUCCUGCCAGCCGUGCCAGGGAGAGGCUGUUAACCCUUACUGCGCUGUGCUUGUCAAAGAAUAUGUUGAAUCAGAGAAUGGGCAGAUGUAUGUCCAGAAGAAGCCAACCAUGUACCCGCCGUGGGACAGCACCUUCGAUGCCCACAUCAACAAAGGACGAGUCAUGCAGAUCAUUGUGAAGGGCAAAAAUGUGGACCUCAUCUCUGAAACCACUGUGGAGCUCUACUCGCUGGCAGAGAGAUGCAGGAAGAACAACGGGAAGACAGAAAUAUGGUUAGAGCUGAAACCGCAAGGCCGGAUGCUAAUGAACGCAAGAUACUUUCUGGAAAUGAGUGACACAAAGGACAUGGGUGAAUUUGAGACCGAAGGCUUCUUUGCUCUGCAUCACCGCCGAGGAGCCAUCAAACAGGCCAAAGUCCACCAUGUCAAGUGUCACGAGUUCACCGCCACCUUUUUCCCACAGCCCACGUUUUGCUCCGUCUGCCAUGAGUUUGUCUGGGGCCUGAACAAACAGGGCUACCAGUGUCGACAAUGUAAUGCAGCAAUUCACAAGAAGUGUAUUGAUAAAGUUAUUGCAAAAUGCACAGGAUCAGCUAUCAACAGCCGAGAAACCAUGUUCCACAAAGAGAGGUUCAAGAUCGACAUGCCGCAUAGAUUCAAGGUCUACAACUACAAGAGCCCGACCUUCUGCGAGCACUGCGGGACCCUGCUGUGGGGCCUGGCCAGGCAGGGACUCAAGUGCGACGCGUGUGGCAUGAACGUACAUCACAGAUGCCAGACAAAGGUGGCCAACCUUUGUGGCAUAAACCAGAAGCUAAUGGCUGAAGCACUGGCAAUGAUCGAGAGCACGCAACAGGCUCGCUGCUUAAGAGAUUCUGAACACAUCUUCAGAGAAGGUCCGGUUGAAAUUGGUCUUCCAUCCUCCAUCAAAGGUGAAGCCAGGCUGCCGUAUGUCCCCGCAUCAGGGAAAAGAGAGCCUCAGGGCAUCUGCUGGGAGUCACCCCUGGAUGAGAGGGAGAAAGCACGCCACCGUCCAGAACCCCCGCUGAACACAGAAAGGCCGUCUCCACAAGUGAAGUUAAAAAUCGAGGAUUUCAUCCUGCACAAAAUGUUGGGGAAAGGAAGUUUUGGCAAGGUCUUCCUAGCGGAGUUCAAGAAAACCAAUCAAUUUUUUGCAAUAAAAGCCUUAAAGAAAGACGUGGUUUUGAUGGAUGACGACGUGGAGUGCACCAUGAUAGAGAAGAGAGUCCUCUCCCUGGCCUGGGAGCAUCCGUUCCUGACACACAUGUUCUGUACAUUCCAGACCAAGGAAAACCUCUUUUUUGUGAUGGAAUAUCUCAACGGCGGAGACCUAAUGUACCACAUCCAGAGCUGCCACAAGUUCGACCUCUGCAGAGCCACGUUCUAUGCUGCUGAAAUCAUUCUCGGCCUGCAGUUCCUUCAUUCCAAAGGAAUCGUCUACAGGGACCUGAAGCUAGAUAACAUCCUGUUAGACAAAGACGGACACAUCAAAAUCGCAGACUUCGGGAUGUGUAAGGAGAACAUGUUGGGAGACGCCAGGACGAACACUUUCUGUGGGACCCCGGACUACAUAGCCCCGGAGAUCCUACUGGGUCAGAAGUACAACCACUCUGUGGACUGGUGGUCCUUCGGCGUCCUUCUCUACGAGAUGCUCAUCGGCCAGUCCCCAUUCCACGGGCAGGAUGAAGAGGAGCUGUUCCACUCCAUCCGCAUGGACAGUCCCUUUUACCCACGAUGGCUCGAGAAGGAGGCAAAGGACCUUUUAGUGAAGCCCUCGCAGGACGCAGAUACAUGCCGUGCACUGAGCAAACGUACAGCAGGAGAGGCUGCAUGUCAUCAAGAAGUACAGCUCUUCGUAAGAGAGCCUGAGAAGCGCCUGGGGGUGAGGGGAGACAUCCGCCAGCACCCCUUGUUCCGGGAGAUCAACUGGGAAGAGCUGGAAAGAAAGGAGAUUGACCCUCCAUUCAGGCCUAAAGUGAAAUCACCGUACGACUGCAGCAACUUCGACAAAGAAUUCUUGAACGAGAAGCCCCGGCUGUCAUUUGCAGACAGAGCGCUGAUCAACAGCAUGGACCAGAACAUGUUCAGAAACUUUUCCUUCAUGAACCCAGGGAUGGAGAGGUUGAUAUCCUGAGACUUGCCUCUCCAGACACACGAAGGGAUGGGUCCUCCUUCCUCGGUGAACUGGUCCAUGUGACGCACCUUUGGUUCCUUUUCAACCUGGAAAAGAAAAGAAACACUCAACAGUGAAGGCUGGGACCAUGGAGCCCCUCACUGACUUUGUAUCCAUAGCAGAAACCAGCUCUGCUUCACUAAUGACAACGCCCUGACACCUUUCACGGCCACCCUUGACCUUAGGUCCUUACUAAUCGCAGUCAUUUACUUGAAAGAGGGUUCCCCCCACUGUGAAUGAUUUGAAAACUUAAUUCUGCUGUAAAGUAUGGUUCCUCAGGCAUCAACCGCUGAUCAAUGAAAUAUGUGUGGACACGAGCAAAAUCCAAACUUCUCAAGACUGAAAGAGCAUGUUGCCUGGGGUAGAAAUGGGUUCCGUUCAGCUCCAGACAAGUAACCACUAACCCAUUUUAUUCUGUUCAUGUCUCUGGAAGGGUAAAGGGUAGGGGGUGGGGGAAGCCCUGAGCAGGUACUUAUGGGAAUUCUUCAUAAUAAAUGUAGCUUGUGACUUGAGAUCUACAAAUCCAUUUAUUCUGAGUAGCCCUGAGUUCAUUGGAAAGACGAAAGUGGGGAGAAUUUGUGUCAUUGAUGUGGAUGGUUUACUAGAACCCUACUCUGGUUGUCUUGUCAACAUAGACAUUAAAUUUAGAGCCCAACAAGGAUAAAGUCAUUUUACUGCUGCCAGUAGAACCCUUCCAUCCAACCAUCCUUAGCUGAUUUCAGUAUCAGAGGCAGUCUCUCAUUUUACCAUCCUCACAUUUGAAUGGGAAAAAAAAAUGAAGUGCAUAAUUCUAGAGAAAAGAAAACCCAGUCCCUUUAUUAGCCCAUUACUGAUGAUUGGAUGACUCCUAAGUCUCUUGAGACUUCAUGCAAGAUAAAAAUCCAUGCAUGCUAUUUGUAGCAGUCUUAUUUAAUUAGAAUUCUAGCUAUACAUGUUGAAAGUAUCUGUACUAUUUGUAUAUUUUGAUAAUGCUGUGACAAUGACAAGAGGUAGAUAAAUAAAAAAUGAAAUAAAGAAAGAUGCCUCCUAA